GCCCGGAAGUGAAUCUGCUCGUGUGUCAGUGUGUUGUAGCUGCAGCAGCUUCCUCUGAUACCGAGUCCACAUUCAUUACAGGUCUGAGGUGUUUUAGUGAAGUGAAGUGAAGUGAAGUGAAGAUGCAGAGCUACGACAAGGCGGCGCUGAGCUCGAGGCCCGGACCCGCGGCGGACAGCAGGGGGACUGAUGGAUCUUUACUAGCCGUCCUAAAGACUCUGCUGUUCUUCACCGUCCUGAUGAUCACGCUGCCCAUCGGACUCUACUUCACCUCCAAGAAAUAUCUCUUCGAAGGAUCUCUGGGUUACUCCAGCAACGACAGCUACUUCUACGCCGCCAUCUUGGCCGUGGUGGCCGUGCACGUGGUCCUGGCGCUGUUUGUUUACGUGGCCUGGAACGAGGGGUCGCGGCAGACGAGGGAAGGGAAGCAGGACUGAGCGAGAGCGAAGAGGACGAGGAGAACGGGAGUUUUGAUUCUGAUAAAAAUGAAAGAUUGAACGAAAGAGGGAUCGAGAGAGGUGCGAAACCCACAGGAGACUUUAGAUGCAGUGAAAACACACAAGCGGUACACGUGAACCUCAGGGGUCACCUCAAAGCUUCGGGCGUGUGUGUAGAAUACGUAAAACUCGUGUUGUAGGAAUGUCAAACUUUUAUUUUCUGUGUGUGUAAAACUGUACAAUCCCAGUGUUUCCUCGUUGUUAUGCAGUAAAUAUUCCUAAAGAUAAAGAUUUCUCUAAAAGGUUCUAACAGGUUCUGCUGAUAUCCCAAACUUCUUACAGUAGAGUUCAGUGAGUUACAGAACCAACAACUUUACCGCUUUAGACCCCGAGAGGAAGAAACAAAGAGGAGGAACCUGGUGGACAGUUUGUGUAAAUCACCUGCGACAGUUUGUGGCUCUCGGCUCUUCACACACACCACGCUGUCUAGACUGGAACUGCUGAUUAAAGCCAGAUAGUGAUAGAUAGCAUCAUGUAACAUCACUCACACACACACACACACACACACACUCUCACACACAUUCCCCCCACUCUGAAUCACCUGGAAUGCUUCUGAAAGCAUCUUCUUCCUCAGCGAGCUCAAUAAAUCCUUUCGUCUGUGUCUUUCCUC